UUCUCCUAACAAAAUGAAAAAAAAUAUAUUGUUUUUAUUUUGUCUCUUUUUAUUGCAGGUUAGUUUUAUCAAGAGUCAAAACACAAUCGAUUUAACAGCAACUAUAUAUGAUCAGUCUCCACCAAGAAAUCCUGAUUUCGAAUUAAAUCCAUAUAAUAAUGGUGUAGUUGAAGGUAUAGUCCAACCAGAUGUAGGUUCAGAUGGUACACCUGUAUAUUGUUGUGGUAAUAACCCAGUAGUUGUUAAUGGUCGAACAGUUGUUAACAGCCAAACUACUUUUUAUAGUUGGUUCCAUCAAGUAUCUGGUGUUAGUAUUCCCAUUCCAUACACAUUAACACUUACCGAGACAGCUCCAAAUACAUACACCUAUUCAAAUAAUGCAUUCUUCCCAAUUGAUGGCAGAGGAUGGGACAACUCUACUCUUUAUCCAAAUGAGCCACAUUACCUUCAACACAAUUUCCACUUUUGUAUGAAGAUUCAUUACUAUUUCAAUUACAGGGGUGGUGAAUAUUUUACAUUUACAGGGGAUGAUGAUGUUUGGGUAUUCUUUAAUGAUGUUUUAAGAAUUGAUAUUGGUGGAAUUCACACAGCCGCUUCAAAAACAGUUUAUAUGGACGAUCUUGGUCUCACAGUUGGUCAAGAUUACCCAUGGGACUUUUUCUAUUGUGAAAGACAUACAUCACAAUCAACUUUAAAUAUUGUAACUAAUUUAAAUUUCACUUGUUUAUACUACGAUGCUUGUGGUGUUUGUGAAGGUUUUAACGAUACUUGUUGUGUUAUCCACGGAUGUGACGUAAUUAAUCAAUGUGUUGACCAAAAUUGUGGCAGAGAAACCAACUUUACUUGUGAUUAUACACCAAAAUCAUGUGUUGACGGUAAUGCUUGUACAAAUGAUGCAUGUGAUGUUGGUUUUGGUUGCAUUAAUAUUAAUCGUGAUUGUUCAGAUCGUAAUCCAUGUACAACUGAUACCUGUGAUCCAGGAGCAGGUUGCAGCAGUACUCCAAUCCCUAACUGUGUAGUUUGUGAUGAAACCCAUCCAUGUAUCACCAUUGAUUUAUGUUUCCCACGUUAUUGUGAUCCAAAUAAUCCAGGAGCUUGUAUUGAAGAGCCAUUAAACUGUUCAAAUGCUGAUCCAUGUGUUAAUUCAUAUUGUGAAGAAGGUAGUUGUGUAUAUGAUAUUGUUUGCACACCAACUCCAUCUGGUACUCCAUCACCAACUGCAGUUCCAACAGACUCACCAUUCCCAACAGGUACACCAACUCCACCACCAAAACCACCACUUCCAGCAUACCCACCACCAGCUGACCUCAGAAGAGGUUGUUUAACAUGUCAAGAUUUAAAUUGCGAGGUUCAAAAACCAAACUCAUAUGGCCAAAGACCACAAUGUACCUAUUACAUUAAUGAGGAGUAUGAAGAGGGUUGUGAUGAUUGUUGCAAAUAUUCCCCAACAUGUUAUUUUAGUAGUAAUUUAUAAACAUUUCAAUAAAUAAAUUAUAUUAAAUGUGCAGUUUAAAAAAAAAAAAGU